AUGAGUAAACUGAACUCAAAAUAUCAAUACAUUACUCUUUUUGAAAUGCCUGAAAUCAAAACUGUUAUUGAAGCACCAAAUGAUAAUAAUUCACCACCUAUUGGAAUAUAUGGACAUAGUACAUGUUAUGGAGAUUGUAAAAUGUAUGUUUAUGGAGGAUGGAUAGAUUCAGAAAAGAAGUAUAAUAGUUGUUUGUAUAUUUUUGAUUUCGAAUCAUUAAAAUGGAAAAAAGUAAAGUUAGAUAUACAAUUUGAACGAGCAUAUCAUACAGCAACUUAUUACAAAAAAAAAAUUUAUUUAGUUGGUGGGUUACAAUAUGAAGAAAUUAUGAAAGGAAUUGAUGUUAUUGAUACAGAAAAUUAUUCAAUUGAAAAACUUAAAAUAGUACUUGGUGAAGUUCCUGGAAAAUACUUUCAUUCUACUGUGUUAUAUAAAGGGGCAUUAUACAUUUAUGGUGGAAGAACAAACUCAAAGAAAAGUAAUGACGUUGAAGUAUUUUCAAAAGAUUUUAUUAAAUUUGAUAUUGAUAGUUCUUCUUCUUUUAUUCUUGGAGGUAAAGAUGAAGACUUAUAUAGAGAAAAACAUGGAUGUUUUAUUACAAGUGGUGGGAAUAUGUAUAUUAUUGGUGGAUAUACUACUAAAGGAGAGUCGGUUAAAAUUAGUAGAUUUAACAUUGACACACAAAGAUGGUUUGAAUGUAGUAAUUUUGAUUGUCCAAAGAAUGAAUUACGUUUUGGAUAUUUCAAAAAUGAAGAUGUAGCAAUUUCUGUUUAUGGAAAUAAAGGAGAAGAACCUAUGGAUGAUAUUUAUUAUUAUGAUGUUCAUGGAAUGGGAAGUGAAAAAAUGAUAAAAGGAAAUAUUAAAAAUAGUCUUAUGGAACAAAAAACAUGGGGAAAUACAUUAAUACCAUUUUCAUUUAGAAAUGGAGGGUCAUUUUUUAUUAUUAUUGGAGGAGAAAAAAGUACAAAACCAAUGAUUGUUUGUAGUAUUGAAAAUAAAAAUAUGAAAUGGGAAGACCUUAAAAAAGUUGUUGAAGAAGAAAAAUUAAGUAUUCCACAACAAAAAAUAAUUGUUAAUGAAGAAUUAUAUUACUUUUUAAAGAAAAAUAAUUUAACUCAUUUAAUAGAAAAACUUCUUGAAGCAAAAAUUAAUGAUUAUAAUACUCUUCAUUCUAGUUCUACUGCUUUAUUAAUUAAAGCUGGAAUUAAGAAAGGGUAUGCUAUACAAUUAUCAGCAGCUAUUGCUAAAGAAGAUGGAUUAUCUUCUUCUAAAUUACAUGGAAAAUAUGAAUAUCUUACAGAUUGUGAAGUGGGUGAAAAAUUAGGAAAUGGAGCAUUUGGAGUUGUUUGUAAAGGAAUGUGGCUUGGAACUACUCCUGUUGCAAUGAAAGCAGUUAAUGGAGCAUUAGACAAACCAGAAAAAUUAAUUGAAUUAGAAAAAGAAGCAACUAUUACACAAUUAAUGAAACAUCCAAACUUAAUAACUAUGUAUGGUUUAUAUAAAGAGAAAGAUACAAUUUUCAUGAUUCUUGAUUUAGCUGAAGGUUCAUUAGAUAAAUUAAUGAGUCGUGAAAAUCCAAAAAAUGAACGUGCAAAUAUAACAUUUAAAAAACAAAUUAAAAUGGCUAUUGAUUGUGCAUCUGGAAUGGCUUAUUUAGAGUCAUUAAGAAUUGUUCAUAGAGACCUUGCAUUAAGAAAUUUAUUAUAUAUUCAUGAUGAUAAAGGAGGUUAUAUCACUAAAAUUGCUGAUUUAGGACUAUCACGUCAAACAGCUGAUGGUAAUUAUACAACUCAAUCAAAAAUAUUUCCUAAACGUUGGACGGCUCCAGAAGCUGGUGAUCCUAAUUCUCCAUCAUAUCUUCAAUUUAAUACAAAAAGUGAUGUAUGGUCUUAUGGUGUUGUUUUCUGGGAAAUUUUAACAAAAGGAAUUAUUCCAUAUUCUUCUAUCUCUAAAGCCCAAGACGCUCUUGAUGCAGUCAUUAAAGGACUUCGUUUAGAAAAACCAACUAUUCUUGAAGAAAAUGGAAGCGUUGGGGAUAAAGUUUGGGAAGUUAUUACAAGUUGUUUUAAUAGCCCAGACAAACGUCCACGAUUUAGAGAUUGUUUUAAAUCACUCACCGAAAUUUAUGACUCACUUCAAGAGGAAGUUAUUCUUCCACCACCACAAGAAGAAUCUGAUGAUGGAGGAUAUGAAUAA